AUGCUUUUCAAGCCGCUCGCCUUCGCGGCCACUGCUGCUGCAAUUCUCAUCGUCCCCGAAACUUCCGACAAGGACGAUGGCAUCUUCCGCGCUCUACCCAUCGACGCCGGCACCUUUGAGCUCCCCGCCACCGCAUAUGAACAAGCCGUCGAUGUCCCCUGCCUUCAGUGCCGUGGAAAAGAUACUCAUUUAGAACUCGACUUUGGUAUUAAGGACCGUCGUCUGGUCCUUAACGGCUUCGAACUUUACCCACGUGCUGACCCAUGGAAUGGCGACCUGUCAGCUGCUGUUAUCAAGGGCAAUGGCAAGAGCGAUAUGCGCCGACUGGGAUAUGGUCUAGCCAUUCGCCCUGAAGGAAUCGACGAGGAUCAGCAUAUGGAGAUUGUCAACGUCGAAGUGCGAAUUAUUGAGGUUGGCGAUCGAUUCGUCGACGGCGUUCCUCCUGUUACAGUCAAGCUUAUCAAGUCUCUGGGCGGAGACAUUCUCAUCGGAAAUAUUGAAGUUAAGGGAAUUGGUGAGAAGGCCCCAGAGGAUUGCGACAUGUGGUGUCGAACCAAGGACAUGGUCCACGACACAUGGAAGGGCGUCAAGGGUAAGUUUAAGGGCUGCCACGGAAAGAAGCCUCAUCAUGGCCACGAACACGGCCACAAGCCACACCACGGUUCUGGCAAGGCCGAGAACAAGCCUACCGACAACUUUAAGCAUGGUCCACUUAUGCACAAGAAGCCUGAGCAGUCCAUGGGCGAGGUUCUCAAGCACGUUGCCGCAUACAUCGUCAUUCCUGUUCUCAUGGGUGUUGCUGCUGGUGUUGGAGUUGCAUUUUUCGUGAUGUGCCUUUUCAGUAUGGUCCACCGUCUGGCUUGUCUCUUCAGAGGUGAAUCUAGGGAAUCCGCUAAGCACCUCGGUGCUUAUCAUCAAGUCCCUUUCGUCGAGCUUCCUGUUGAGGACGAGAAGUCUAUUCUCAGUGAGACUCUUCCUCAGUAUGAGCCACGCAACUAA